AUGUCUGCCACCACUACACCUGCCACGUCCGAGCAUUCCGAAGGCCACGCUGAGCGUGCACUCGCGCUCCUGGAUGACACGCUGGAGCCCCUGUGGAUGGCCGAGCCGGGUGGGGUUGCAGACGACGCCGACUACCGGCAUUGGGCUAGGCAGGUUGCAGUCGCCCUGGAUACUGCAGGUGUCUCUGGCGUCAAGGCUACAUGUGUCGCGGAGUACGCCGACCGCCUCCACCAGGUGGUGGUCAGCCGGCUGCCCGACAAUCGCAAGGACUGGGAGGACUGGGCAUGCGGUGUGUUGCUGCAGGCGGACAUGCGCGCCCGGGCCGCCGAGUAUGCCGGUCAUGCAACCGUUGAGGAGGCCCACUGCUCUCCGAUGCCUCCACCUACUGCUCCCGUCGCACCGCCACCCGAACCGGGUCAUGCUCCUGUUGUGCCACGCCCUAAGGUCUCGUCCACCGCUCGGCAAGUGUUGGCGCAUGUUGAGAUCCCACCUCGUGCGCUGUCUGCCACGUCCACCGCCAUAAUUACCGCCUCGUCUCGCAAGCGUGGGCGCACGUUGUCUGCUGCCGCAACCGGGCAAGACCCUCUUGUCCUCAACGAUGAAUUGGAUAAGUUGGAGGAGGUCUCUGCACUUGCGCACACCACGCGCUUUGCGGUACACAGCAGGUCUUCCAGUGCCGUGCGGCCUGCAAAGAAGGUCAAGAAGGUCAGCAACCUGCCGACCGCGCCGGAGCCGCAACUCCUGACAAACUGGGUGCAGUACCCACGCUGCGCACGCUGCAACUCAAAGGAGCGUAUUUGUGUCCUCCCAGGCAGUCCCGCGCAAAGCUGCCAUCGCUGCUCCAACAGCCACAAGGCGUGCCUUGUGCAGGACACGAAUGCUUCAUAUGCAAAAUGGUACGAUAGCCAGGGGUACCCACGUGCGGUCACCAUCACCAACAAGGCAGGCCAGGUCGUCUCUGCCAAUUUCUUGGAGCCAUCAUCCCAGGCCAACUCCAAUCCUGCUGGAUUCACUGGGAAGGGCAAGGGUAGGGCAUUGAAGGUGCAUGCUGUUGGGUCGUCUGCGGGUACGCCAACUGGGGCUCCCACGGGAGGAUCUGCAUACCUGCGUGGGGCAGCACUUGAUAGCGCGCGUGUCGAGCUGAGCAUGCUCCGCCUUCGCCGCACUGCCCUUGAUGCACAGAUCAGCAAGGUGGAGCAGUACGUCCAUGACCUGCACAAUGAGCAGGGCAGGUUGUCGUUGCCUUUCCUGGAAGAUGAUGAGUAA